AUGAAAGUACGACGACGAUCUCCUAGAACCGUGAAGGUCUGUGGGAUUUUGUUGCUUUUCUUGUGCAUUAUUGUCAUUGCUUUGUCAAAUAUUCUACAAGAAGAUACCACUGACAACCACAAUAUUGUAUCUAAUGGUGUAGGUUUAUCCAAACCAAAGUCUUACUAUGAUGAUAAAAAAGAUAAUUAUAAUAAUAAUAGUAAUAAUACCUGUGGUAGUGCAAAAAUGUGUUUGGACUGUUUGUUUCCUGUAUCUAGCAAAAUUCUUUCAGAUCAAGUUUAUCGUCCAUCAACUGAGUGCUUUUGGUGUGCGGCAACAUCUCGCUGUAUGUAUCGUGGAAGCAAGGAAUUAUGUGAAGAUCGGGAAGAACAGUCCUGCCCUGCGGUCCUGCACUCUCACAUUCCCAAUUCUUUUCGUGUAAUUCAUGUUGGAAUACAAAAAGGGGGACCAGAGGCUCUUAUUCAAUUACAUUUGGCACUUAACCGUUGGGGAUUCCUCACCACACUGGAUACCCGUUCCAAGGAAAAGGGGGGGUCAGUUUUACCAUUCUUUCGUAAUAUGUAUAAGAAUGAAUUUAGUCGUGCCCCACCUUUACGAUGGUUUAAAAACUAUGAUGAGUGGCAUAAAAAUGCACAAGAGGGCGAUGUUCUUAUUGCAACAGAAACUUGGCCAUGUUUUAAUAGAAAUUACUUUGAAAAAGGGAUAAGACAAAUGCAAUGGCAUUUAACAGUUUGGCCACGACGUGAUAGAUCACAUUGUACUAUCGCAGGACAUACAAACUACAUUACAAUGACUUAUAUGAAUCAAUCAAAACUCGCAUUACUUUAUCCAUAUAUUUCUCCUCAUAUUAUAAAACUAGCACAAAGUCAUUCAUCUUGGCGUAAUACUAAAAGACGAGGAACUGAUAAAAUACCACUAGUCUUAUUUGAUUCAGAUGUUAAAUUGCAAAAUAAUGACCUCUUGAGUCGUAAUGGUGUAAUGAGAGAGGUAAUACGGGCAACUGGAUUUCGUCCAGAAGAUUUAUAUGCACUAUAUGGACAAGCAACUGCAGGAAUUGAUUUACGUCUUCCAGGAGCAGAACGAUUUAUUUUUGAAGCUGUUUUAUUUGAUGUUUGUGUUAUUGUUGAUAAUUCCCUAGUUGGAGGAUGUAGUGAAGAUGUUCCCAUUCCUGAGGAGUUUCGAGUUCCUGAAGGAAAUUUGAGUGCUUUGAAUAAUGCCAUUGAUCGCUGUAUUCGAGAUUAUGAUUCUGUUAUAUCGAAAUUUACAGAAAUGAAAGAAUUUACAUUGCGUCAAAAAGUAACUUUUGAAAGACAAGUACGACGUUAUUUUUCUAAUAGUGUACAUAUUACUUCAGUAGUGUGUACACAGGAACAGUCUAAUAAAUUCCUUCUUCGUUUUAUUCUUAAUACUUUAUUGUAUGUUCCGUUUGCUACUGUAGAAAUAAGACUAGCCGAGGGUGUUGUUGGUUUAACAGAGGGACAGCAAACCUUUCUACUGAAUCAGAGUUGGUUAGCAGCUGUUCGUUUUGUUCAAAUGGAUGCAAAAGAGACUUCAGAAGUAUGUCAGAUAAAUAAUGAAGAAAUGAUUAGUAAAACAGAAAAGUAUGGGAGUACAACUAUACAAUUAGCUCGUUUUAUUCUUUUGACUAAAGGUCUUUCCUCUUAUAAUUCAAAAAAACGUUCUCUUCUUACGAUGUUUGUUCCUAUUAAUGGUAUUAUUGUAACAGAGGAUGUUGUACAUUAUAUCACUUCACAACUGGCUCUGGUAGGUCGUCAUCAUGAUCAUGAUAAUCAAGAAGCAGUUACUGAUAAGAAAUUUCCUAUUUACAUUCUUAAGCUUAAAAGUGAUGGAAUGAUUAAUUUACCACUUAUUGCAGUGUGGACUGCAGAUGUCUCAUCAUUACUAUCUUGUAGCCACAUGGUAAACAACAACGUACCCUUGUUAAGCAAACUGUGCCAAUAUAAACCGAACACAGAUGGUGAUGCCGUAUUAUCGAAUACAGUGGUUCUGCAUGAUGGGGGUGAUAUCAUACCACUGGCGCUUGUGGUGGAUUCGAAGGACAACAAUGAUGAAAUCCUUCAAAGUGCGUGGAGUUUUAUGUGUAUGCAUGAACUCUGGAAAGAUUUGAUAGGUGAAUGUUGA